AUGGAUCAUAAAGAUAAAGGCCUGUCGGCGGGGUGUCAAACCAAACAAGUGAGGCAGUUCGUACUUCUCACCACCGGUUUACUUAUCCUGAGUAGGCAGUCGUGGGAGUCAGUGACGAAGCCUUACUCGUGUGGCCAGCAUGAUUGCUCGUACAAAGCGUCAGGAACGUGCAACGAAGAAAUCGCUGGCACAGCCAGAGCAAAGGCAACCAAGGCCCAAGGCAGCGAGGAGAGAUGCUGCAGCUGCGAAGAAGACCCGCGCCGCGCCUCAGCGCUAACCCUCGAACAUGCCGAACAAGAACACGUGGAGGAAAAUGACAAAAAGAUCCGAGGAGGAACCCUUAAGGUCGCCUUUGCGGGCUUCUUAAGCACUAAGGAAAUGAAAUAUGAAAACGUGGACCUCGAGAACACAAAAGUUUUCGGAGCUACGAAGCUCCAGCACCGCGAUAUAUCCAGUAUUGGAUAUAGAGAUCAACUUGCAAUGCAUCUGAUGAUUGCAGUUGCCGCUUGGACUCGACUGCAGGCUCUAUUACCGGUAUCUGACGAUAGUACUUCCUUCAGCAGCAGCAGUGGUAGAGUCUUUCUGGUAAGGCCAGUGACUGGAUUGGUGAGCGCAAUGAGGGACUCGAAGGAGACAAUCUUACAAGAUUCCAUGCUUGCAUAUAAAGUAAGACGGGCCUUCAAGCAGAAUCAGAGUAUUGCUGCUUCGGCGCUGUGUGAUGGGCAGCCCCUUCCUCCACUAUCACGCGCGUUCGUGCUUCUGACCUUCAUUGAAAUGCAGCCAAGCUUUCCCUUGUGA